AUGCCUGCCAAAGAGGAGAAACUAUUGGCUGACCGCCUAACGCAGCGGAAAGGUCUUCUAAAAAUAUUAGAUGCUCUAGAGCGGUUCAUUCGUGAGUUUGACCACGGUCGUGAUGCCUGUCAACUGUGUGUGCGAAUUGAAUCACUGGACAAGCUGAAUGUAAGUUUCAUGGAUUGCCAGGACGUGAUAGAGAAGUUGGACAACUCGGAGAAUCUGGACACACACAUCAAUGAACGUGUAAAUUUCGAGCAGCGGUACUGCCAGGCAAAGGGCUUCCUACUUUCAAAGCGCACUGGAGGUAGUAAUCAUUCGACACUGAAUGAUUCGAUCUUAGCUUCACAACAACACCAACCAAGCUUUCACCUUCGUCUACCCAAGAUCGACCUGCCUAAGUUCAACGGUGACUUCUCGCGUUGGAUUUCUUUCCGCGACACAUUUACGUCGAUGGUCCACGUAAACGGUGACAUCCCCACGGUCGCUAAACUUCAGUAUCUGCUCCAGUCUCUUGAAGGCAGUGCCAAGAAGCCAUUCGAAUCUGUGGACAUUCAGGCUGACAGCUACGCUACGACAUGGGACGCAUUGAUGAAGCGGUACGACAACCGCAAGUACCUGAAAAAGCAACUCUUUAAGGCUCUGUAUGAUUUACCAGCAGUUAAGCAGGAGUGUGCGACACGCAUCCAUGGGUUGGUUGACGAUUAUCAACGCCAUGUUCGUACUCUAGCCAAACUUGAUGAACCGGUAGAUCACUGGGACUUACCAUUAACCCAGCUUCUUUUGUAUAAACUGGAUCAUGCAACACUACGUGCGUGGGAGGAGAAAACUAGCCAAAAGGAAGAUGUAAAGUACGAUGAGCUGAUCGAGUUUCUGUACCAACGGGUUCGUAUUCUCAACUCCGUCGGACCAGACAAUCAUCAUCUAGCGAAGGUGGCCGGCAAUCCACAGAAAAGUUUCAAGCAGAAAGUGUCAGCCAACGCAGCAUCCACAUCUGCUCCGAGUUACCCGUGUCCGCUUUCAUGUUCGGACAAUCAUUCGCUACGAUCCUGUCCAGCGUUUCUUGGAAAGAACGUCGGUCAACGACGAGAGGUAGUUUCCCAGAAACGAUUGUGUUGGAACUGCCUCAGCUUCGGUCACCAGUCCAAGAAGUGUGGUUCCAAAUUUACAUCCUCAGUUCAACAGCCGCUUCCUUCCACGUCACAAAUCGUGGAAUCCCCUGGCUCCCGCCAAGUCAGCAUGGCAGUCCAAACUGCAUGCACCAUGACAUUGUUGGAAACGGUUGUCAUCAACAUCAUCGACGAUCACAGUAAUAUGCACAAGGCUCGAGCUCUCCUCGAUUCGGCAUCGAUGUCGAAUUUCAUUUCGAAACCACUGGCUAAGAAUCUCUACAGUCGCCGAUCAACUGUGAACGUUUCCGUUGCAGGCAUCGGAUCAUCCACACAAAAGGUCAGUAGUGCCAUUACCGCAACCAUCGACUCGGGAGAUCGAACGAUCUCGAUGAAAUUGCAGUUUUUGGUACUGAAGCAGCCGUCAUCGGAGCUUCCAACAACGCCGAUUGAUAUUUCGGCAUGGAAGAUUCCGAAUGUGAAGCUAGCAGAUCCCCAGUUCAGUAUUCCCGGAAGUGUUGAUCUUGUCAUCGGGAGUGAAACUUACUGGGAACUCCACACGGGACGGAAGAUUUCUCUUGGUGAAGGUCUUCCGUGGGUAGUCGAAACUUCAUUUGGUUGGGCGGUCACUGGUCCCGCAUCUCGCUCGGCUACCUGUAUUCCACAUUUCUGCUAUCUAUCUACCGCUGACGAUCGUCUGGAAACUGCUCUACAAAAGUUUUGGGACAUGGAGACGAUUCCAUCCGAGCCAGUUCGAUCUGUAGAAGAAGGUCGAUGUGAGGAGUUGUAUUCGACAACUACUACGCGCGAUUCCAAAGGAAGAUAUAUCGUGCGUCUCCCAAGGGUUGAAGACCCUGAAAAGAUUCUCGGCGAAUCCAGGUCAAUUGCAGAUAGACGAUUUCUGAGCCUGGAACGUCGACUUGAACGAGAUCCUGCAACCAAGGACUCGUAUCAUCGGUUCAUGGAGGAGUAUUUACUACUUGGCCACAUGAAGGAAGUGCCAGAGCCGGUUAAUGACCAAGAUCCACACUGCUACAUUCCGCAUCACGUCGUCUUUAAAGAGUCUAGCACGACCACAAAGGUCAGAGUAGUCUUCGACGCAUCAUGUAAGACUUCAUCAGGCCACUCCUUAAACGAUACCCUGCUUGUUGGACCGGUGGUUCAGCAAGACCUCACACGAUCUACAUGA